AACUGCAAUCUGUCAGAAAGUAGCUGUGAAGCUCUGGUCUCAGCUCUGAAGUCCAACCCAUCCCACCUGACAGAAUUGGAUAUGAGGUACAACUACCUGCAGGAAACAAAUGUUCAACAGCUUCAGGAUCUGGUGGAGAGUCCACACUGCAAGCUGCAGAUUCUGAGAGGACAGUACUUCACACAGAGAGUCCUGUCUGCAACAACCAGCAAUGGAAUUGAAAAGACUGACCUAUCCAAGGAUAAUAUUCAAGUUGACAGAUCGGAAUCGGAACCCUCAGACUCACAUGUGGACCAGCAGAGCUUGGAAACUUCCAGUGGGCAGUCUGCCCAGCCACAUCAAACACAACAGGACUCCAUAUUUCAGCUACUGGAGGACAACAUUGUCACUUUUGUGAAGAAAGAGCUGAAGAAGAUCCAGAAACUUCUGAGUCAGAGGGACGAUGAGGAGGAGCUGGAGGGUGAGGAAGAAGAGCAGAGGAGCAGCAGAAUGUUACUGAUGAACAUCGCAGAGACCUUCCUGAGGAGAAUGAAGAGGGAGGAAUUGGCUGAUCAACUGCAGAGCAGAUCUUCUGCUUCAAUUUGUCGACAUAAAGUCCAAACAGGGCUGAAACAGAAGUUCUAUAGUGUGUUUGAGGGAAACACAAAAGCAGGAAACCCAACUCUUCUGAAUGAGAUCUACACAGAGCUUUACGUCACAGAGGGAGGAAGUGGAGAGCUGAAUGAAGAACAUGAAGUCAGACAGAUUGAAGCAGCAUCCAGAAAAGCUGUCAGAGCAGAAACACGCAUCAGACAGGAGGAGCUCUUUAAACUCUCACCUGGAAGACAAGAACCAAUCAGAACCGUGAUGACAAAGGGAGUGGCUGGCAUCGGGAAAACAGUCUUAACACAGAAGUUCACUCUGGACUGGGCUGAAGGCAAAGCAAACCAGAACAUCCACUUCAUAUUUCCAUUCACUUUUAGAGAGCUGAAUGUGUUGAAAGAGGAGAAGUUCAGCUUGGUGGAACUUGUUCAUCACUUCUUCCCAGAAACAAAAGAAGCAGGAAUCUGCAGCUUUGAAGACUUCCAGGUUAUCUUCAUCUUUGAUGGUCUGGAUGAGUGUCGACUUCCUCUGGACUUCCACAAGACUUGGAUCCUAAAUGAUCCUAGAAAGUCCACCUCAGUAGCUGAUCUGCUGACAAACCUUAUCAGGGGGAACCUGCUUCCCUCUGCUCACCUCUGGAUCACCACACGACCUGCAGCAGCCAGUCAGAUCCCUUCUAGAUGUAUUGAUAUGGUGACAGAGGUCAGAGGGUUCAAUGAGCCACAGAAGGAGGAGUACUUCAGGAAGAAAUUCAGAGACGAAGAGCAGGCCAGCAGGAUCAUCUCUCACAUCAAGACAUCUCGAAGCCUUCACAUCAUGUGCCACAUUCCUGUCUUCUGCUGGAUCACUGCCACAGUUCUGGAGUAUCUGCUGAAGAGCAGAGAGGGAGGAGAGCUGCCCAAGAGCCUGACUGAGAUGUACAUCCACUUCCUGGUGGUUCAGGCCAAAGUCAAGAAGGUCACGUGUGACGGAGGAGCUGAGACAGAUCCUCACUGGAGUCCAGAGAGCAGGAAGAUGAUAAAGUCUCUGGGAAAAUUGGCUUUUGAGCAGAUGCAGAAAGGCAACCUGAUCUUUUAUGAAUCCGACCUGAAAGAGUGUGGCAUUGAUAUCAUAGCAGCCUCUGUGUACUCAGGAGCGUUCACACAUAUCUUCAGAGAGGAGAGAGGGCUGUCCCAAGACAAGAUAUUCUGCUUCAUCCAUCUGAGUGUUCAGGAGUUUCUGGCUGCUUUUCAUGUCCACCUGACCUUCAUUACAUCUGGAAUCAACCUCAUGGAGGAGGAACAGUCACAAAUCUCUGAAUUGAAACAACCCAGCUCUAUCCAGUUCUACCAGAGUGCUGUGAUGAAGGCCUUACAAAGUCCAAAUGGACACCUGGACUUGUUCCUCCGCUUCCUCCUGGGUCUUUUACUUGAUACCAAUCAGAGUCUCCUAUGUGGUCUGCUGACUCGGACAGGAAGUAGCUCACAGACCAAUCAGGAAACAGUGCAGUUCAUCAAGAAGAAGAUCAGUAAGGAUCUGUCUGCAGAGAAAAACAUCAACCUGUUCCACUGUCUGAAUGAACUGAAUGAUGGUUCUCUAGUGGAGGAGAUCCAACAGUCCCUGAGGUCAGGACGUCUCUCCACAGAUGAACUGUCUCCUGCUCAAUGGUCGGCUCUUGUCUUCAUCUUACUGUCAUCAGAAAAAGAUUUUGAAGUGUUUGACCUGAAGAAGUACUGUGCUUCAGAUAAGGCUCUUUUGAGGCUGCUGCCAGUGAUCAAAGCCUCCAACAAAGCUCUGCUGAGUGGCUGCAACCUGUCAGAGAGAAGCUGUGCAGCUCUGUCCUCAGUUCUCAGCUCCAAGUCCUCCAGUCUCAGAGAUAUGGACCUGAGUAACAACAUGCUGCAGGACUCGGGAGUGAAGUUUCUUUCUGGUGGACUGGAGAGUCCACACUGUGAACUGGAGACUCUCAGAUUGAAGAACUGCAGUUUGUCAGAAACCAGCUGUGAAACUCUGGGCAGAGCUUUGGAGUCAAACCCGUCCAGUCUGACAGGACUGGACCUGAGCAGUAACAACCUGAAGGAUUUGGGAUUUCUUCAUCUAUGUGGAUUUCUGAAGAUACCAGGCUGCAGACUGCAGACUCUCAGGUUGAAGAACUGUAGAUUAUCAGAGAUAAGCUGUAAAGCUCUGGGUUUAACUCUGAUGUCCAACCCGUCCAAUCUGAGAGAAUUGCACCUGAGCCACAACAACCUGCAGGAUUCAGGAAUUCGUCAUCUGCUUGGUUUUCUAGAGAGUCCAGGCUGCAGACUGCAGACUUUGAGGUUGAAGAACUGCAGUUUGACAGAAAUCUUCUGUAAAGCUCUAGUCUCACGUCUAAAGUCCAACCCAUCCAAUCUGACAGAGCUUGACCUGAGAAACAACAAUCUUCAGUACUGCAGACUGCAAACUCAGAGGUCAGUAAAAAGCUGAACCCCCUGAUGGAUAAAAAUAAUCAAUCAGGUAAAGAACUAUGCCAUUUCAGUGGACAAAUUUUCAACAUAUGUAAUUUCAAGGCUGUAAGCUAAUUUAGCUGAUAGCAAGAGUAGAAUGAUGCUGUUCAUCACAGACUGCUGCUUUUCUCUGCUCUGACUGACAAGAUGGCAUCUGCUUGAGCAGCAUGGUCUAAUUCAG